CUUCCUUUAUACUGUCUCUCGAGAGUUUCUUCUUUUUUUCCUUUAGUUUCGGCACCCAUAACUCCUCUUCUCCAUCUCUUGUCCUGCAAAAUAACCUUCAAGAUCAUUUUUCCUGCGCAAAAUCGUCCUCAAAGCUACUCUCUCCUCCCUCUCCGUCUCUCCAUUUCUUUUCGUCCCAAAGCUACUCUCUCUCCUUCUCAAUCCAUUUCUCUCCGGAAUUUUCUGGGAAAAAGGAAAACUUUCUGAGAAUUUUCGGGAAUAAGGAAGAAUUUUCUAUUGGGAUUGUUGUUGUUAUCGUUUUGCAUUUUUUUUUCUUUCAAACUUUGGUGUUGAGAUUUAGGCAGUGUUACGGCUGGGUUUCAGGCUUGCAGACUUGCAGCGUUCAUGAACUUGCAACGUGCGAUCGUCUUUGGAGACGGGAUUAGUAAUCUUAUGGCUAUUGUGUGACUGCACUCCCUUCAACUCCUGUAUCAAAAUCAAAUACACGGAAGAAAUUGCAUUCGGCUAUUGAAGGUUGAAUCAAGAACUAGCACUCCGAACAUAAGGAUAAGAAACCGGAGCUUGUAGGACUUCUGCCUUCAGGUUGAUUUAGCAAUGUCUACUGAUGACGUUGAUGCUGCUGAACUACUUUUGCGCCUUUCAAUUUUUGGAUUCAGCCAACUAUCUGCUAGUGAUCAACUACAGGAGACGGAAGAAGUACGUAAUAAACUGGUUCAUCAAGGUGUUCCAGUGCUCGAGCAACUUCCCGAAGAAACCGAGGAGGAUUUGAGAGUCAGAACAUUCACAGAGCUAUUCAAGAAACUUCCCUUCUCUGAGCAUGAUAUUUUCCUUUCCAAAGUUGUAAAGAAAUUCAAGCGCGAAGGGCAAUGUGGCGAACUGGUUUCUUGGUUCAGUACUCAACUAGAUUUCAAGGAACAACAAGAAGUGAUUGGUAAAAUUGUUCAUGUCACAGCUGAUUAUGACGAAACCAGUGAUGAAGAUGCCAUACUAGGAAGAUUUUCACAGCUGUCGAGAGAUUAUACCGACUAUGGUCAUAAGCUUCUUGUCCCCUGCAUGGAAGAACAUAAAAAGAAACGAAAAGAUAAACAGAGGACAGCCAAAGAGGAAACUAGUUCGGAUUGGCAAUUCCGUUUUGAUGAGUUUUUCUUUGGUUUCUCAAUUGUUUGGUUCAAGGGACAAAGCGUCAGUAGUCAGGACAAGGAGCAGGAUUUCAGACUCAGAAAAUUCUCAGAGCUUCUGCACACGAAAGCACUUCCCUUUGGUAUUCAAGUGUAUUUGAUUGACAUGGUUGUAGAGGAACUGCGUGAAUCUCACCAUUGGACUAGACUUGUCCGUGAUAUUGAUGGAAUACUAUCCUAUCUCUUAACUUUUGGAUUUAGCCUACGGUCCCCCAUUGAUCAACAACGGAAGAUUGAAGAAAUCUCUAGUGAAGCUGGUGGAAAGUUUGAGAUCAUCAAAAGACUGGUGGAAGAAAGUGAGGGAGAUUUCAGAAUGAGAACGUUCGCAAGCCAAGUUCACAAAGUCGGGUUAAGAACCCGAGCUGCUAUUCUUUUCGAAGUUUCAAACAAGUUCUUCUGUGAAAGAAAGUUGCAUGACUUAACUCUUUUGUUCAGGCAACUAGGCUCCAACGGUCGGAAAAAUCUGAUAGAACAAUUGUUUGAUUGGUUAAUGGAAACGUACUAUUCAAGCAAGUAUACCAAAGAUGUCAUAAUCGAGAAACUCUCCGAAGAAAGUGAGGAGGAUUUCAGGGUCAGAAGAUUUAUAAAGCUCUGUACUACGCAUCCUUCCCUCUGGGAUCAGAAUGAAGUUGCGAAAUGGGAUCUCACAAGUAUGCUGCAAACAUCCGGUAACCGAGAGAUCAAUAAAGCCAAACACGAUGGUAUUUCAGUAUCACACAAUUAUUUCUCCUCGCGAUAUGCUGAAUUUUACUUUGGUUUGUCUGUUAUUUGGUUCAAGACCAACAAAUCAGGAAUCCACUCCAUUGAAGUACUUCUCGGUGAAGCUGAAGAAGGUGACACAAUAGAGAAACUCUGCGGAGAGAAUGAGGAGGAUUUCAGACUCCGAAGAUUCAUCGAGUCGUUUAAUCAACUUCAAGUCAGCUCCCAAGAGUACAUCGUCAAAUAUAUACUGAGAUCGCUAGAGCAAAAUAUUUAUAAGGAAGGAGGUCUUUUAACAGCUUGGCUGACCUACAACGACGUGUUUCCCACCUGGUUCGAAGAUCUUCCCUCUGCUCUUGGACUCUUGAAGGGAAAACUAGUAACAGAGGGAGUCGCUGAAGGACCAGGAGGACGAGCAUACUCGUUUGAAGAAGAUCUUCCCUCUGCUCUUGAAUUCAUCAAGGUAAAAAUUCCAAAUCUAAGGGGGGGGACGAGAAGGAGGGGGAGGGGCAGCCGCUCAAGGAGGAGGAGGAGGAGGAGCAACCGCAAUUACAGGAACAAGUCAACAGACGGGUCAAUGAUUUGCAACAAUGCACAAGUUAUCUCCGAACAAAACUACCAUAUUUAAUAACCGCGUUAUUUGCAGUUGCUUCAAGUUGAUUUUACAUUUUACAUGUACCUUGAUCAUCUAUCUGUUUACUACGCCAAGACCUCGUUUGGCACUCUGUAUUAAGCAUCGGAUAGGAUUAAAAAUAGGGUUUAGAGACUUG